AUGACUACGCGAUACCGUGUUGAGUACGCUCUCAAGACCCAUCGCCGGGACCAAUUGAUCGAAUGGAUUAAGGGUCUUCUCGCCGUGCCAUUCGUCCUCCAUUCGCAACCAACAGCAAUUUAUCAUGAAGAGAGCGACAGAUUGGCUGCUGUGGCUACGGCCACCUAUCGACGCUAUGCGGAAAUCCUACGAGACGUGGAGGUCAUGAUAAAUGAUCACAUCGAACACCAAAAAUCAGGCCGGCUUGGACAGUCCAAGUUGAAGCUCCUCGUCCCAACAGUCGGCCCAUUCUUUACCUCUCUUCUACUGGAAGAUGCCUUUAUUUUUCAGGACCAACGGCGCCAUAUCAGUCGCCGCCGCUUUGUAGCGCCGUCUUUCAAUGACAUUCGCCUAAUUCUCAACACGGCCCAACUCAUGGGCCUGGUUCGGGGAAGUCAAAUUAAACUUGUUACAUUCGACGGUGAUGUGACCCUCUAUGAUGAUGGUUGCUGCCUAGUAGAAGACAACCCCGUUCUACCACGGCUCCUGCGGUUGCUGGAACAAGGCAAGAAAGUUGGAAUUGUCACGGCGGCCGGCUAUACCGAAGCUUCCAAAUAUUAUGCCCGUCUUAAGGGCCUUCUUGAUGCGAUUAGCGCGCACAAAACACUGACAGCCGAGCAAAAGAGCGGCCUUGUUGUCCUGGGUGGCGAAAGCAAUUUCCUCUUCCGCUAUGACCAAUCUUCACCAGACUUGCUGACCUAUGUGCGUCGCUCGGAAUGGCUUCUAGACGAGAUGCGCACAUGGACGGAGGAGGAUGUCACAGCACUUCUUGACAUUGCUGAAGCAUCGCUGCGUGAAUGCGUUAGUGCUUUGAGUCUUCCUGCCGCGGUGCUCCGCAAGGAAAGAGCCGUAGGGAUAUACCCCCUUAAUGGACACAAAAUGCAUCGUGAACAGCUCGAGGAAACUGUCUUGAUUGUGCAAAGCAUACUUGAGCGUAGUGAGGUUGGGAAUCGGUUGCCUUUUUGCGCCUUCAACGGUGGAAAUGAUAUCUUUGUAGAUAUUGGUGAUAAGUCAUGGGGCGUGCGGGCUUGCCAGCAUUACUUUGGGGAGAUUGAUCGCUCCAUGACUCUACAUGUGGGCGACCAGUUCUUAUCAGCAGGAGCGAAUGACUUUAAGGCACGAACUGCUUGCACGACAGCGUGGAUUGCGAGUCCAGGCGAGACAGUACAACUGCUUGACGAGCUAUUGACCCUCGAGGAGCAGUGGGCCCCGAAGCAAGGCCUAUAG